UCCCUCGUACGUAUGUAUUAUUUGCAUCGCGAGACUUUGUUCAACUUCAUCGACCAAAACUGCUAAAGUAUACCGUUAGCUCUUUAAUACUUAAUUACCUUUCUUUUCUCCUCACCUCUCCCCCGUCUCCGCGCCCCCCAUUUCAAUCGCAAUUAUUACCGUAACGCGUAAAUCGAAGAGAGAGGGACGCACCGUUCAUCUGAAUAAUUUUGAAAUGCAGCUGAAACACAAGAUGUUCCGAGCCACUUAUCGAACUUUCGAAGACAUCCUCGAAUCCGGUGUCACUCGAUCGUGAUACGUAAGGAAGAUGCGGUCGCGCGAACACCUGGCGGUCGCGCUAAAGCCGCGGAAGAGGAAGCUACCAUCGAAGGAUAAAUCCAACCAGACAAUCGCGUCUGGACCCCGUUGGUCCAGAGUCACGAUAUCCCAUGGCAAGAAACCGCACAGCGAGUCCGAUGACACCGGCAGAAGCUUGUCCCGUUUCGAAGGAUGUUCCGUUAUCGAUGCGAACGAUCCCAACGUCAUCGCUUGCGACAUCGUCGAGCUCCUCUGCGAGAGCAGCGACACGAGCAACGAAGAAAGGACGGCCUGUUCGCAGAUCUCCAGCUCGACGGAGCUCGAGGAGGACGAGGUGUGUUCCACGUGCAAAGAUUGCGCGGAAUGUCAGCUGCAGCAGCGCAAUAGCGUCGCCGCGAAGAUACGGAAAACCAAAGGAAAUUUGAUGAGCGGACAAGAUGAAGAGCUGGUGGAACACCUGGAUUAUUAUUACGAGAGCGACGUCGGCGUGGAGACGGCUUCGGUCGCUUCGUCGAGCACAGUAGCUUCUAUGGAGCAUAGGGAAAUUCCGAUUGUUGUGGAUUUGACUAGCGAGGAAUCGAAGCAAAUCGCUUGGAAGCAGACGAUCUUGAAGCGAUUCAGCGACACCGAAGAAAGCCUGGAGAUGUCGGAACCUCGCAUCAUGAUAGCCGAUACCUCCAAUAGAUUGCAACGCGGUGGCACGGGCAGCAGCCUAGCAACCGCCUUGAGGGAUCGUGGACCCUGCGUGAUCCCCGUGCAACCUAAUCGUUCCUUGCCAAUCCGACCAGCGCCGCCGACGCCGACAAGGUCAGCGGCAUCGAUAGUAACGUUACGGAAGACAUUGCGUUCGCCGAUUCUCAAGCUGUCGAAAUCCAUGAGCCUGGACGUGGUCGAGGUACAGUCAGACGUAUCUCCAAGCGCCUCAUUGACGAACGAGCUGAACGAAUUUUCUUUCGGGCAGCAGAACGGAAACGGAGACAGAAUGAUGCUUACGAGCGAGCUCAUCGAUCGCUCGGACUACAUUCUUCCAGACAUGACUAAUGUCGCGCAGAUUACGAAAGAAGUCAACAGUGUUAAAAGAAAAAAUGGUGAAGAUCGAGAAGACAAAGAAUACGAGAAAGAAAUUAUCAAAGAUGUAAAGAAACGGAAAAAAUCCCACGAACUCGAUGUCAAUCACAUUCGUGACGAACGAGUCAAGAAUAUUUUGAAGGAAUACUCCAGAACAUGUUCCGAUAAUUUGACUGACAAAGGGGAGAGAAAAUUGCAGCAGCAUGUAGUAGUGAGACUGUGGGAUGACAAGAGAUAUUCGUCACCGGUCGUAGUGUCGACGACGAAGCCAGAAGUAGAAAAGACAAAGGAGAUCUGUAACAAAGUCGUGCCGCCUUUAAGACUGAAGAAAAUUGUGCGUGAAGCAAGCGCCACCGACGAAUAUCGCAAUGUUGAGGUAAAUGCCAAAUCAGGGAACGAAUCCAAUUAUCGCAUCGUCACCGGUGCCACGCCACGUCCAGAUUCUCCAUCUAGAUACUCCGCUAUCUCCUUCUGGAGCAGCGUGACCUCGGAGAAGGAACUCGAAUCACCAACGGGCAAUGCAAAGGACAAAAGCCGACGAGCGUCGCCGAAAAGCGACGGCUAUAAAAUCAAAUAUCGUCGCAAUCGAUUGCGCCAGAAGCUGAAGGAAUUACGCGGCAAAGCGCUCGAGCUGUCGCGGGAAAUGACAGCGUGCAAUAACGCUGAUACCAGCCCGCAGCGCAGCACCCGAUUGCGGCAGAUGAUGAACUGCUAUGAGAAACAAAUUGAAAACAUCUCAAAGUUGCUAUGCAAACUAUCCGCCUCCAUACCGCCGACGACCGAUGAUGUCGUCGAUCUCGAUUAUGAGAACGAAUUAAAUGAGCAUACAUCAGCUGAGAAAAAUGCUAUCGACAGCGACGACGCGCAGGUAAACGGAAUAUCCAGAAGUAGCGUUUCCUCAUCCCCUUCUCCGGAACCGCCGAAAUUGUCACCUCGUUCUCCUAUUGACUACGAGAAAGGUAAAUCUCCUGAUGAAGUGAGAAACAGUCCGCCGGUGCUACCCAGAGUUUACAUCGCGAUCCAACCGACUGCGCUUGAAUCUCUGAAGCAAAAUCUGGCCAUCGCCAAGAGUUGGCAUAAGGAUGACAGCUCGCCGAAUUCGCCGAUCGAGAAAGAAGUCAAGAUGGAUGAUACGGACCAAACGAUAAUAAGUGGUGACGUAACCACGCCGGUUAUAUCCUCAGUCUCGUCGUCCGAGUUCGAAGAUCCAAGAAAUAGCACGGCGGAAUGGGAUGGAGGGAAUUCUUCGCUUCCGAAUUCAAAAUUGAAAAAUUCGGAAAUCGAUGAAAAAAUUCCGGAAGAUACUAAAACUUUCGACGACAUCGAGGAACAUCGGCAAGGGACACCGUCGAUAUCUUCGGACAGUUUUUUAAAUUCAACGAUGGACAUCGAGAUAGACGGAAGCGACAUGACAGAGACAAAGGAGGAAUCCGCCGUUCAAGAGCAUCUCGAUGUAAUGCAGACUUCCGAAACUACUGCGAGCGAUCAAGUCGCCUGCGAGAAACAGGAGCCGGAACAAAAAUCGAAUGAAGCUCUACCGUCCAGUUCAUCAAUCGUAGAGGAAGCUAAAAAAGUCACAGAAUAUGGUACUUACAAUUCGGAAGAAAGAAACAACAGUAAAAAUAGAACAGUCACGAGUACAGUUGCAGCUGCGCAGGAAACGUCGACAAUGAUCGGACGACCGCAAGUACCUGCUGCCAAUGUGACUAAUAUUUUGCAACUGCAAUCGAAUUAUUACGGCUCGUCCGUCGCACAGGAUAACGUUGUCUUCACGGGUGUUAUACAAAAUCCCAGGGACGCGCAGAAGGUAAAUAAUCUAUGAAAAAUAAUGAAGAGUAUUGA